AUGAGGUUUACUACCAAAUCUGGGUUUGAUCUUAUUUCUCUCUUUCCAAUUGCUCUUCUCCUCCCUUCUAGAUUUCCAGGUAAUCUUAGAUUUCAUUUUUGUCAUCGAAAAAUCUCCACUUACGCUUCAGAUGUUCAUGUUGCUGAUUCUAAAUUAUUCCUUGAUUAUGUUCGACAACAAUCCAAACUAGGGUUUAACAAAAUUGAUCAUCCCCUUUCCCUCUUUCGUUCUAUGAAAUCCAUUCGUCCUCUUCCAUCUAUUGUUGAUUUUUGUAUGUUAUUUACUGCCAUGUCUAAAAUGAAACCCCAUCCCCCUUUUUCCUCUAUCAUUACUCUCUUUAAGCAAUUGCAUUUCUCAGGUCUCCGUCCGAAUGGUCAUUCCCUUUCUAUUAUGGCUAAUUGUUAUUGCCGCUUAGGUCGUGUUGAUUUAGGGUUUGCGGUUCUUUCCUACAUUAUUAAAUUAGGUUAUCGGCCUUCCAUUGUUACCUUUAAUACACUUAUCAAUGGCUUUAUUCAUAUCCAUCGAUUAGGGAACGCUAUUCAAUUAUUGGAUAAAAUUGUGAAGCUUGGGUACGAACCCAAUUUGUUUGUUUAUGGGACCAUGUUUAAAGGUUUAUGUAGAAUUGGAGACAAUCUUGGUGCCCUUAAGCUCCUUAGAGAUAUGGAGUCUCAUGCCCAUUGUACGCCUGACAUUGUCAUCUACAACACCAUUAUUGAUAGUCUUUCUAAAGACGGGUUAAUAAAUGAGGUCCUUAAUCUUUUUUCUGAGAUGCAAGUUAUGGGAAUUCGACCUAAUGUCGUUACCUAUACUAGUUUGAUCCGAGGAAUGUGCACUUUAGGGAGGUGGAAAGAGGCGGAGGAUAUGCUUAGUGAGAUGAUGGCAAAAAACUUAAUUCCUGAUGUUCCGACUUACAGCAUGUUAAUCGAUAUGUAUUGUAAGGAUGGUAGGAUUGAUGAGGCGGAAGCUGUAUUUAGAUUAAUGACAGAAAAGGGUCAAGUCCCGGAUUUAAUCACUUACAAUACGUUGAUGGAUGGAUAUUGUUUACGCGGUGACAUGGACAAGGCAGAAGAGCUAAUGAUUUUGAUGGGUAAAGAAGGUUGUAAACCUGAUGUUAUUUCCUACACCAUUUUAUUGAAUGGAUAUUUUAGUUCUAAAAAUAGUGAUAAAAUUCCUAUCCUUAUGAAUGAGAUGGUUCUUCAAGGAAUAACCCCUAAUAUUAUCACAUACAGCUCAAUCAUUAAUGGUUUGUGCAAGGACAACCAGCUUGAAAGUGCACUAAAGUGUUUAAAGGAAAUGGAAUGUCAUGGAGUCAAACCGGAUGUGGUUACGUAUGUUUCAUUGUUGGAUGGUCUACGUAAAAAUAGACGGAUGGAUGAAGCAAUGGAUUUGUUAAAGAACAUGAAGAAGAACGGAGUUCACCCAAAUAUGAGCAUCUAUAAUAUCUUAAUUUGUGGGUUGUGCGAUGUUGGCAAACAUGAAGAAGCUGUAAAUGUCUUCUCAUUUGUUGUAGCUAAGGGGUUACGACCAGAUGUGCGUCUAUAUAACGUUAUGAUCAAGGGUUUGUGUAAGAACGGGUUGUUAACUGAUGCUAAUGAACUAUUUGAGAAAAUGGAUGGCAUUAGAUGUUCCCCGGAUGAAUUCACUUUCAAUAUAAUUGUUCAAGCAUUUCUUGAGAUUAAGGAUGUUAAAAGGGCUGUGAAGCUUGUCUGCCUUAUGCGAGAUAAAGGGUUCGCCGCUUUUAACGAAACUAUCUCGUCAUUUGUGGACUUACUCACUGAUCCAAAUAUUGGUGAUGCGGACAAGGAGUUGCUUAAAAGCUACUUUGACAUCUAA